AUGUCCACGGGUUCGGUGAGUGACCCCGAAGAAAUGGAGCUGCGGGGGCUGCAGCGGGUGUACCCGGUCCCCACUUCCAAGAGGUCGCCUCUCCGCGGCGCAGAGCGCAGCUACGCCUCGCCCAGUGACAAUUCCUCUGCAGAGGAGGAGGACCCCGACGGCGAAGAAGAGCGGUGCGCCCUGGAUGCAGUCCGCGACCCAGGAGGCUGCCAGAGGAAGCGGCCACGUGUGGCUGGGGACGGCGGCUCAGGUGGCGGUGCAGGCGGCAGUGGCAAAAAGCCCCUCCCGCCCAAGGGCUCGGCCGCUGAGUGCAAACAAUCGCAGCGGAACGCGGCCAACGCCCGCGAGCGCGCCCGGAUGCGCGUGCUAAGCAAAGCCUUCUCCAGGCUCAAGACCAGCCUGCCCUGGGUGCCCCCCGACACCAAGCUCUCCAAACUGGACACGCUGCGGCUGGCUUCCAGUUACAUCGCGCACCUGCGGCAGCUGCUGCAGGAGGACCGCUACGAAAACGGCUACGUGCACCCGGUGAACCUGACGUGGCCGUUCGUGGUCUCAGGAAGACCCGACUCUGAGACCAAAGAAGUUCCCGCAGCCAACAGGUUAUGUGGAACCACCGCUUAG